AUUUUCUUCCUAAAAGCUUAUGAAAUACUAACAAAAAUAGGUUUUAUGCAUUCUGAUUAACAUUUGUGUAUUUUAACAGUGUUGUAUAACACCAGUUGCUAUUUCGGAUUAGUCAACACAAUGACUAAAAGAUCGAAAAAACCAAUAUCUGAAGAAGAAUCUCAAUUAAGAAAAGGUCUUAAGAAAGAACUUCUCUAUUUUUGUCAAACAACUACAAUUCGUGGUGUAACAAGAGUUGUAAACGCUCGUAAUCAAACAUUACAAUCUUUAUGGAUAGGAUCAGUUAUCUUAUUUUUCGGUGGUUUAUUUGUCUGUAUGUUUAUAUUAACACGUCAAUAUCUGGAGUAUAAUGUAAUUCAUCCACCGCAAGUAUUACGUGAUACACUAUCCCCUUUUCCAUCAUUAACAUUAUGUAAUCUAAGACCAUUAUCUUCUGAAGCUAAAAAUAUUCUAGAAAAGUAUAAAUUAAAAUCACCGAGACAGUUUGCUACAGAUGUGAACAAUUUCGCUGCUAAGGCAUAUUAUUAUAAUAAUGAAGAACAUUCAUAUCAACAAGUGACUAGCGCAAUAUCAAUGGGAGGAUAUUUAGAAAGUUUGCCUAAAAGUGUUGUCCCAAAACUUGGACAUAAUUUAAGUGAUACAGUUAUUCACUGUAUGGUAAUUCAUACAGAAGGUAGCAAACGUGUUAUGAAUGGAUGUACACAGGUUGGAAAAUGGCGUCCAUUUGUGCAUGCUCAAUAUUUAAACUGUUAUACAUAUGACGUAAAUGAACGUUAUCGAGAUCAUGUAAGAACAAUAGAAUUAUUCGUCUACUUAGAUGAGCCAAUGAAUGUUACAUUUUGUGCAGAUUGUUUUAGCUCAGAAAUAAAAUCUCAGUUAAGCGGAGCUGUAGUUACUGUACACAAUGCAGAAACUUAUCCAGACAUAAAUCAGGAAGGAAUCAAUAUCCAGCCUGGUAGUUUAACAGAGAUAAAGGUUAAAACUAUCAAGCAUACACAAAAAACACCACCAUAUGGUCGCUGUUCUCCUGAUACUCCAACGACAAUUAAUCUCUAUGGUUCUCAAGUGUAUGCGUAUUCAGAACACGCAUGUCGAAUGAGUACAAUUCAGGCUGAAAUUAAUUCAUUAUGUGGUUGCAAUGCUAUUGAGUUUCCUUAUCUAAAUGAAAGUUUACCAUUUUGCCUUGAACUGAGUUCAUUUGUUAAAGAAGGCAAUUGUGAAAUCAAUCCUUCUACAUCACAAACGAGUAUAAUUCAUAAUUCAAUUAGUAAUCAAUCAUUAUUGAAUAAUAUUACAUCAUCAUCAACAAAGGAUAAAGACAUUGAUAGAAUAUCAAAACUACACUUGAAUCCUGAAUGCUUAUCAGAACUUGAAGCUGUAAAAAAUCGUGUACUAUGUAAAUCAGAAGUUACUAAACACUAUCAAGGUGAUGUGGUUCUAUCCUGCACACUGCCAUGUGCUUUCUUCGCUUAUGAAACUGACAGAUCAACAUCAACUUGGCCAACAAAAUCAUGGCAGUUCAGUUGGUUAUCAACACGAGCUGGUAGAAAAGUAGCCAGUCGACCGGAUUUAGCUGGCUAUCGGUUGGCUAAGCAAAAACUGGAAGUUCCAGGCGGUGAGAAAGAAGCCCAAGAAUUUUUAUCAAAAAGCAAUGUAUUAGAAAGAAAUUUGCUGGCAAUUAUGCUUAUCCGACCAAAUUUCAAUGUGCAUAGAGUUGAUGAGAAAGAAGUUCUUUCGCUCACAAGUUUACUAUCUCAAUCAGGUGGUUUACUCUCCAUAUGGAUUGGUCUUAAUAUGAUGUCCGUCAUAGAAGUGGUAGAAUUAAUCAUUCAUCUUUUCAGAAAGUGUAGACAUUUUUCAAAAACGAAACGACUACGUCAAAGUCAGAGAAGUCAAAUACUGUGUGAUACAGCACCGACACAACAGACGAAUGCACACAGUGAGUUAGAAGUAGUAGCAGUAGAAGAUAAAAGGUGUCCAGAAGUCAAUAAAACUGAAUACAACGGAAAAGAAAACAGGAUUAUAAACAAUGGUCCCACACAUGUAUGCCCAAGAAGACGAUCUCCAAGUGUUUCUGAUCAAACAAUGUCUACAAAUCUGUUAAAAUAUUCACCUUAAAUUUGACCCAUAUACAUACCAUUUCACACAUUAUACACAUUUACGAGGUAACUGAACCUGUG